CGUAGCUGCAAUGCAAUGGCAAGAAUCCUGACAUUCUUCAAGCCUAUUCUGCGGUUUUUCAUUUACAGUGGCGUGAUCAUAUUUAUUUGUGAAUACCUGGUUUACUACAUUGUUAUGUUCCAAUGUUCAUGGCCUUCUACAAGCUUUGAGAACGUCCAUAAUCAUAAUGGUCAAAUCGCCGACUCUGCAUGGGUUUUCAACGGGAAGCCACUCGGUUCCCAUGCCAGAGCUCCGGGGUUGAUAAACAUUGAGACUCGAUCGUCGUUAGCUGAGCAGAGGCGAAAUGAUGAAGAUUUGACUUUGCGGGUUAUUUUCAUAGCAGAUACCCAUUUGUUAGGAAGUCGACUCGGUCAUUGGUUUGACAAGUUAAGAAGGGAAUGGCAAAUGGAGAGAGCUUUUCAGACAGCACUGAGUUUGUUUGCUCCUGAAGCAGUUUUUGUUCUUGGUGAUCUGACUGAUGAGGGAAAAUGGGCUGACAAUAAGGAGUUUGAAGCUACGGUCAAACGUUUCAGGAAGAUGUUUCACCAUUCACGAGACGUUUAUUUCAAGGUUGUAGUUGGAAAUCAUGAUGUCGGAUUUCAUGGCUCCAUGAGUAAGAGCAAGUUGGAGAGAUUUUCUGAUGCCUUCAACUCGUCUGGUGUUGAAGUGAUCACUCUAAAAAAUAAUAGUUUUGUGUUGGUGAACAGUAUGGCCUUCCAUGGCGAUGGUUGUAACCUCUGUUUGCCCGCUCAGACGAAGCUUCGAGGUGUUUCUGAGAGGCUUAACUGCUCCAGGUUUGGACACCAGGGUGGAGUCAAGCAGCGAGGGAAGGUCAAGUCAAGGUGCAGUCAUUACAGACCGUUACCUACAACACCUCCCAUUCUCCUACAGCAUUUUCCCUUGUACCGUCCAAAUGACGAGAUGUGUUCUGGUGUCGACGGAACACCGCUCGAUGAGAAAUAUAUUCCUCAUGGACAGAGAAGAGAAGUUCUCUCUCAGGAAGCUUCUUAUAAGUUAUUAUCAUGGAUCCGUCCUCGUCUUGUGCUUAGUGCUCACACCCAUCAUGGCUGCUACAUCGUUCAUCAGAAUAUUACUCCAGAAAUCUCAGUGCCUUCUUUCAGCUGGAGAAACAGAAAGAACCCAAGCCUUACUCUCGCUUCAAUAUCUCCUACUUCCAUCGCAAUCAACAAGUGCUUCCUCCCAGAAGAAUCUCUCAUCAUCACCCUUUACGCUGUAUCUGGUGUUGUCAUGUGCAUCCUCCAUCCUCUACCCAACCCUCCUACCCUCCUCCUCCCUCUUCCAUGUCUUCUUUGACUGUCCUCUCCUGCUCGACCCACCCAAUGAAGCCUAUUACCCCAUUUGCCUUCAUCAAUUGGUCCACUGCUUCUUCUUCCAAACCCAACAUCUGCAUCCACUCCUAAGCCUUCUUCCUAUCCAUCAACUUCACAUCACUCUCACCAUUGCUCCCCCUGUCCUCUAAAUCCCCAUCUUAUGUUCAUUAUGCACUGUGCAAACAUUUACUGUUAUAUGACACCUUGAUAGAUCCUUGUCAUUUGAUUGGUUGUUUGAUAUUGAUCAUUCAGCCCAUUUUACAAUGACGUCAUCAACCGUGUAAUUUUUGCAUGCGCGCAUGUUGUAGGUACGCAACAAUUACAGACCGAGCAUAUUCUGCAUCAAAAUUCAUAAAUUUCAUAUUGAAAAAGAAUCUAUUCGUCGGUGUCAUACUCAUAUAAACCAAAUAAGGAAUGUUAUCAUUCGUGCAGUGGACAGAAUGCUUAAUUCUGUGAAAGAUAAAAUGAAUGAUCCAUUUAACUCGGCUACGCCUCAUUGAAUGGAUCAUUUCAUCUUUCAACUCAUGAAGUAUUAUGUCCAUUGCACUCAGAAACAUUCAUUAUUUGUGUACUAUAUCACAGGUGGGACUUGUCAUGUUAGUACCUGUACUCUAAACUCAUCAGUAGUGUGAACGGCUUGUGUCGAGUAGAUUUGGAGUGGCUAAUUAUGAUCUUUUAGCCAGCCAAAAUGUUGAGAUGGAUGUGAAAGGGGUCAUAUCAGAUAUAGCCAGACUUCCUCGUAAAAGUCCAUUUCAGUAGGUAGUAAUGAUAAAUAACUGAUUAUUUUUAUUUGGUUUUAUAUAAGUGAGCUAUUUUAUAUUAUCACAUGUGAAAAGAUUUUAGUCACAUCACAAUAGAAAUACAAUGCUUGGCACACUGGCUAAGCCUUUUUCAAUACUUCAAGGCAUUAUUUUGGGUGUGUGUUGUACAGUCCAUAUUGAACCCACUUGAUGAAAUGUUGUGUUUGCCUAAAUGAUAGUGAAAAUAUAAGAAAUUUGAAUAUAGUUUGUCAAUUUCACAAGAUUGCUUUUAUUGGUGUGAAGUUAAUCAUGAUUAUUUGAGUCUAAAAAUAAUGAAUUUGAAGAAAAAUAUACAGGAAAAGAGGAUUUGUUACAUUCUUGAUAACAUAGUACAUUCCUUUUUUUUCUAACUUCAUUAUAUUUGCAUAAGCUUAUAUGUUAAGGAGCUUUCUUAAUCAUUUCAUUGAAAGAUUAUUUGUUCCUAGUCAAGUUUUAUUUCUUGUUCACAUUUGACAGCCUCUAGCUACCUCAAUUCUUUUCAUAAUGUAUACAAUAUAAUGAUAUUGUAAUUCCAUUGUAUGUCAACAUGAAAAAAAAAUGAAAAUGAAAAUUAAUAUUUUAUUCAUUUUUGUUUGAAA